AUGCUCAGAGCCGCUCUUCAUUUGACCACCGUGGUCGGCCUGCUUGUUCCAUUUGGCCUAGCAGCAGGCGUUCACAAGCACGACCAAUCAUUUACUCCAGAUUAUGCGCUCCAUGUUACCUACGAGAAAGUAGAUGUCGCGUGUCGGACGAAACUACUCGGGCUUGUCAAUGGCACAUCACCUGGCCCCCCUCUGUACAUGAAAGAGGGCGAGACUACCUGGCACUGGCAUGGACUGGCUCAGGCGACCGCCCCCUUCUCUGAUGGUACACCUCAAGCUAGCCAGUGGGCAAUUGCGCCAGGACACUUUUUCGAUUAUGAGAUUCAGCCACGCAUUGGAGAGGCAGGGUCAUACUUUUACCACUCUCAUGUUUUGUUUCAAGCUUCCUCCAUUGUCGGCCCCAUUAUCGUGGAAGAAGCUUCUGGCGAACCGCCGUAUAGAUAUGACGAGGAGAAAAUCGUCUUCCUCUCCGACUAUUUCAAUUGGACAGACGAGGCGGUCGUUGCCGAAGCUGGAUCGCAUCUCAUCAAUGGUGGAACCUAUCCACCACUGGGCGCAGACGAGACGCAGACUGAUGAGCCAUGGCAAGAAUCACCUGCCAACGACAAGUGUAAGCCCGAGGUUUUCCAAGUAGAGUUCAACAAGACAUAUCGUCUGCGCAUGAUUGGUGCGGUAGUAGCAAGCACGGUGAGCUUGGUCAUAGAGGACCACGACAGAUUCGAUGUGAUCAAUGCCGACGGAGCUUAUACCAAACCGGCCGAAGUCGAUCGUAUUCAACUUGGAUCUGGGCAACGAUUCGAUGUCUUACUCAGAACCAAGACUGAAGAUGAAGUCACACGGCUCGGGAAAUCUCUGUUCUGGGUCCAGGUCGAAUCCCGCUAUCGCCCUGUCAAUGUCACUUCUUACGCUUUUCUGCAGUACACCAAUUCCAGCGUAGGGAACCGCACCGUGCCAGCAUCAGCUCCAGCGACCCCGCCGUUGGAGAUUAGCAACGACAUUCAAGGCUGGCUGGAGUACACGCUCGAGCCACUGGAAGACAAUGGUUUCCCGGCUGCAGACCAAGUGUCUCGCACUGUUUACCUCUACAGCUCCCAGAUCUUUGCGAAUAGCACACCUCCAUUCUGGGCUGUCAACAAUCGCACGUGGACCGAUGAGAAUCAGCAUCUUGGCGGCACCCCAUACUACGACAUGGCCAAUAACACGGGUACGCCCUACUUGGUCGAUAUCUACAAGAAUGGAGAGGCAGCCAUGCCCAACUACGAUCUUGCUGUGGGGAAAUAUGGCGGCUGGGAUCCCAACCUCAACGUGUACACUGCAAAGGUCGGAGAAAUCAUUGACGUGGUGCUCAUCAACGAGCCAACUGGGACAGUCGGCGGUUUCGACGUCCAUCCGUGGCAUAUUCACGGGGGACAUGUGUAUGAUCUUGGCAGCGGCCCCGGUAACUACGACGCUGCUGCCAAUGAGAAAAGGCUGCAGGGCUAUCACCCCGUCUUGAGAGAUACCUUGAUGCUAUACAAGUAUGUCGACAGCAAUCUCGUUGGUGAGAAUGGCACGGUAUAUACACCACAAGGAUGGCGAGCCUGGAGAAUCAAGGUACAAGACGCCGGGGUUUGGAUGGUCCACUGCCACCUUCUCUACCACAUGAUCAUGGGCAUGCAGACAGUCUGGGUCAUGGGCAAUGCGUCUGAGAUCACAGUCAAUUCUGAGCCCUACGUGAAGGGUUAUCUCGACUAUGGAGGCAGUGCAUACGGAAAUGCGAGCUAUGAUCCGCUCGUAUACCAUCAUUUCAGUGACUAG